UUUUAAAAUGGGAAUACAGGCUGGGAAAAUAUUGACUAGGAAUGAGCUCUCAGCAGAUAAAACUAAAAAGAAGAAAAGACGAGAACUGACUGAGGAACAGAAGCAAGAAAUUAAAGAUGCCUUUGAAUUGUUUGAUACAGACAAGGAUAGGGCAAUAAAUUAUCAUGAAUUAAAGGUGGCAAUGAGAGCCUUGGGUUUUGAUGUGAAAAAAGCUGAUGUCCUGAAAAUACUUAAAGAUUAUGAUCGAGAAUCAACAGGCAAGAUUACCUUUGAAGAUUUUAAUGAAGUUGUAACAGACUGGAUAUUGGACAGAGACCCACAAGAAGAAAUACUCAAGGCAUUCAAAUUGUUUGACGAUGAUGACUCUGGUAAAAUAAGUCUGAGAAACCUGCGCCGUGUUGCUAGAGAAUUGGGUGAAAAUAUGUCUGAUGAAGAACUACGGGCUAUGAUUGAAGAAUUUGAUAAGGAUGGAGAUGGAGAAAUCAAUCAAGAAGAAUUUAUUGCUAUUAUGACUGGAGAUAUUUAGCAUUAGAAGAAAAGAAAUUAACUCACCACAAAAGGGAGGAGCUGUUGGCAGCUUCCAUUACGAUGUUUUGUGUUUUCAUUUAUUUCAGUAGCUGAAGUGGUGCAGAAAGUUACUUGUGACCGGACCAAAAUAAAAACGGGUUACAUGCACUGAUAAUUCAGUACUUUGCAUCAUUAAAUAUUAUCACUAGAAUAAUUGAUGUAAUAUUUUAGAACAAGUAAGUAAUGCUGCAUUACAGAAUGUUGGAGUAACAUUGUAAAAUAGCGUUGUCUCAGAUUUCUAAAUUGUACCAUAUUAUAAGAACCUUUGGAGGUUCUUGACUUUGUGUUAGCAUUAGUUGUGGCCUUAGUUUUGAUACAUAAGUUUUGAAAAGAUUCCAUUUUAAUAAA